AUGGAGCACUUUGAUGUGGUCAUCGUGGGCGCAGGCUGGUAUGGCCUAAUUGCUGCACAGACGUAUCUGCGUCUUGCACCAAAUACAAAAUUGGUCAUACUGGACAAUGCAGCGUCUAUCGGCGGUGUAUGGAGCAAGGAGAAGAUCUACCCUGAUCUUUUCGCCCAAGUUGGCCAUGGUCUCUUCGAGUUCUCGUCUUACCCCAUGAAGAAAGAAGGACUGUCACCAGAUCGAUACAUUUCCGGCCGCACUAUUAACAAUUAUCUCCUCUCGUUCGCCAAGGACCACGACCUUGAGCGACGCACCCGACUCAACACUCAGGUAUCAAAGGUUGAGCGGAUCUACAAUGACAAAUGGCUUCUUUCGCUCAGUGACAAGAACCCUGUCAUUGCCGAUAAAAUAAUAUACGCUUCAGGCGUCUCAUCCGAUCCGUACGUUCCCGACCUACCGAAGGCCUCCUUCAACAAGCCUAUCAUACAUUCAUCUCAACUGGGCUCAUCCCUCGAAGACCUCAGGGGUCCUAAGACGAAUCGUGCACUUGUUGUUGGUGCUGCAAAAUCUUCUUAUGAUGCUGUCUUCCUAUUACUGAAAGCUGGAAAGCAAGUGGACUGGGUCAUCCGAGAAGAUGGGAAAGGAUCGGGUCCCCUCGCCAUUAUGCCGCCCAGACUCAUGUGGGUCUUGAACACAGUUGAUGUUAUGGCUACACGUGCACUAGCUUCCUUUAGUCCCGCCAUUUUGAAUACUGAGGGCAUUUGGUAUAAGACACUACAUCGAAAUCCGUUGGGACGCGCCUUUACUAAAGUGUUUUGGCGAAUUACUGCAGCGUUCGCGGAGGGACAUGCUGGGUAUCUGAAGAACUCAAACGCAUUGAAACUUCGACCGCAUCCCCCGGGAUACGGCAUUUUCUGGUGCAACUCAGGCCUCGGUCUUGCGUCUGUACCACACUUUUGGAAAACAUUUCAUGAAGGCCAAUGUACUGUACAUCGAACAGAUCCCGUCUCAUUCCACUCUGGCGAUGUAGUUGAACUACGCAACGGCACCAAAAUCCACACAGACCACGUUCUUCUCUGCACAGGCUGGACAGCAAACCUCUCUGCAUUCGACGAGAAGCUGCGUGGACAACUCGGUCUCCCGUCUCCCGCAGACAUGACAGAAAAAUGGAAGAAUCUCGAUCGCGAAGGCGCAGAGACCGUCAACGAACUCCUACCCAUGCUAACAAACCCGCCCAAGACAGCAGAGUCUCCCAGCCAUAAGCGCCCGUGGAGACUGUACCGCCGGCUUAUCUCGCCUGAGCAGGCUGCCGCCAACGACCGCUCCAUCUUCUUUCCAGGCCAGAUUCACUCGGUGUACACGCCACUUGUCGCCGAAGUCCAAGCGCUCUGGGGUAUCGCCUGGAUGCUAGGCAUGAUCGACACGCCGCCUCGCGAGGAUAUGGACCGGGAGAUCGCGGUCUGGAAUGCAUGGACAGCGAAACGCUAUGGCUCUAUGGGCAAGCGUCAUGCGUACUCUAUCUACGAUUACCUAGCAUACAUUGACACACUGUGCCGCGAACUCGGCAUCAAGACUAACCGCAAAUCCAACCCCGUAGCAGAGAUGUUCGCCCCGUACAAGCCCUCCGAUUACAACGGGCUCAUCGAUGAAUUUCUGGCUGCGCAGGCUAAGCAAGGAAAGACAAAAAGGGUCACUGGUACCCUGGGUAGCAAGAAGAGUGGUGCUGCACAGACGGGCAGCUCUACCUUAUUGAGUGCAUGGACGUUGUUUAUUGGUGUUUUGCUGGCCACUUUGUACUCCGCUAUCAGUGCCUUUAUCCGCUGAGGGAGCGACGAGCGCGAGAAAGAGCUGUUUCUCGCAUGCUCUGGCUGUCCAACAACCCGAAACGAUGGGGCGAACAGUAGC